AUGAGGCCGGUCCGACGACUAGGCCACCGUGCGUUUAGCACGAGCUGCAAACGCAAAAUAGGACCUACAAUCACAUCUAAUGCACCCUCUACAUCCAACACGACUGCCCCAACAUCUACAGAAAGCUUUCGACCGUACCCGUUUUCAACCAAAGUCCAAGCGCUGCCCCUCCCGGCCGAGCUCAUCCCAAACGAUAAUCGUUUCCUCACUCCACAAAGAUUAGAACAUCCCUUUACCUCGCCAAGUACCACCAAACUCCGCAGAGGCGUAGGUCUCAUGCCCUACCUCGCCCGCACACUUCCAAACCCAGCCGCACACGAGUUACUCUCAACGUGGUUUGCACGACGAGGUAAAGGGAGGAUCACACCAGGCAGCGUCCUCACCGUCACGCUCUCCCAACCACCCUAUACAUUCUCGGGCGUCCUAGUCGCCAUUGAGCGCAAAGGAGUCGACUCAAACAUUCUACUACGAAACGUCGUGCGAAAAACAGGUGUCGAGAUGCGUGUUCCCCUCGCCAGUCCAACUUUGCUUGGUAUCAAGAUUAUUCAACGUGCCGGUCGUUCCACAAUGGAGUUUGCCUCUCCGAGGCAAAAAUUCAAUGCAAACGCAAAGGGAGACAACAAACAGCAACAACAGACACAGGCUCCUGUGCGCAUGCGAGCCACCUCCACCGAACUUUUCUCCAAGGACUGGAAACCAGGAACGCCUGGCCCAGUCCCAACACUCCGUGUGGCGAGAAAGGUUGGAAUCAUCCCCAAUCCAUCCAAAGGCGUCAAACAGGACGUCAAGCCCGUUCCCGUCAACGACAAGGACGCGCUCAUUGGCAAGAAAAUGGUCCGGUCAAAGCUCUACUUUUUGCGAGACUAUCCGUCCAAGAUGUCUGCCAUCAGCGCUGGAAUCACAAAGCGCGACUAG